AUAUUUUGAACUUAGUUUAAAUUGACAAUUGUGGUAUGGAUGCUAACAAUCCUUAAAAACAUACACAAUGUUCUUCAUGGAACCAAGUGAGGCGGCAUCUCAUCUUAGCACCCAAACAAAACAGCCACGACAUUAGCUGUCAUCGCACGGCUACUCGUUUCCAGUUUUGUCUGGGCCCCUUUCUCUCUCUCAUCCUAUGACUCAUCAAUGACACGACAGACACGCCUACUAAUUUAUCCUUGUAAUUUUACAUUUUUACUCUUAAAACAAAUCAAAUAUAAUUUUUCCGAUCACCACGUGCUGACUCACCAGUCUGUCUUUUUCCAACAACCUAACUGCUUUUCUCUGACGUGGCUCUAAAUUGAAAUCAGAUAGCCAAUAUAUACUUGCCACAUGAGCUGCCAUAUUCUCUUUCCUUCUCUUUGUUUCGUAGAAGCUAUCAUCAAAUAAUUCGCUGCUUUCGCCUUUAAAAACCCAUCAUCUGCGCUCUUCAAAACCCCUCUUUUCCUCAUUCGUUUCGUUCGCUCUAGAAUUUUAAUUGCAUUACAAAUCCACAUCUUGCCUAUUCUCUGCAGGCUUAUACGUUUUGUCUCUGGUUUGAGCUUUGAGUUUGUUUUUCUUGUAUUAAUAUGGAGAUCCCAGUGAUCAACAGAAUUGGCGAUUUCGAAGCUGGCAUAACCUCCCUACAAAACCCAUCUUUUCCUUCUCAGGUUUUUGCUUUAUCUAGGGUCGAAAAGAUUCACCAGGCUUACAGUUUUUGUAAAUGGGGAGCUUUGAUUGUUGCCCUAGUCGCUUCUUUUUCCACCAUAAUCAAUAGAAUUAAGAUUCUCAUCAUUCGAAUUCAAAACCAUUAUUUAAUCCCUUCCCAACCUCCUCCUUUGAGUGCUGAUGAAGAUUUUGACUACAGCAGCGAAACAGACACGUCUUGUUCGUCGGUAUCGGAAGACGACGACUACGACGAAGAAGAAGAAGAAUACGAACCUGGAUCGUCGUCUUCACAGGGCUGGAGGUACAUUGAUGAUGAUUUUAGUGUCAGGGGCUCCGGUCAUUACACCGAUGACCAGUGGCACAAUCGUAACUUGAGGAGACGUAGAAACAGCAGCCUUGAAGACCUGUUUUCAUCAUGGUCUGAGUUCUCAAAUGGGAAGAACGUGGUGAAGCUCUGGGAUAACUUAGGGUUCGGAUUUGGAUUAAACCUUGAUAACCAGUCAAGAAAUUGCAUUUCUGUUUGCGAUAUGAAUAAAGAGGUCAAUGUAUUUUCCAUUUUCGGCGAGCAAAGCGAGAUUCCGGCCUUUUCCACGUCUUCUUCAUCGCCGGCAGUGAUCGUAUCCGCGGAAACAACCGUGUCCGGACACUUGCUGAGGGUGUGGGACACGCGGGUCGGGAGUCGGAUACCAGAAAUACUCGCAGAGUGGAAGCCGAGGUUCGGAAAAUUUGUAGGAAGAAGUGCUGGCGGCGGGGAGAAGGUUUACGUCAGGGAUGACAUAACGGGGAGGUUAACGGUGGGUGACAUGAGAAAAGUCAGCUCACCUUUAGGAAAUGCGACGGAAUCCGAUGUGGAUACGUGGUGGGACGCUGACGCCGUUUUAGUCGAGGAAGAAGAGUCCGUUGACGAGUUGCGUGGUGGUGACCCGGUGUUGCGACGCGGUUAAGAGUCGGAGCCUGUUUGGUAGAAAUGGCAAAACGGUCAAUUUGGAGAAAUAUAUGUAAAUAUUUAUUUAUUUAGUUGGUAAUAAUAAAGGAAAAAAAAGAAUGAAUUGUAAAUA